AAAUAAAAAUGAGAUCUUAAAGCUAUAAUUAUUAAAAUUGGACAUUUUAUCGGUGUCACUUUGGGACCUCAUGACAUUGUUAAUGCUAACAGGGUGACUCCAAAAAUAAAAUUACAUGGUCGGCCCAGAGUCAUAGUGGCAAAAUUGAUGACACGACUGUUAAAGGAUAACAUGGUAUCUGCGUCACGCAAACGUCGUAUGACUACAGCUGAUCUCAACAUAAGCGGAGAUACUAAGUCUAUAUUUAUAAAUGAGCAUUUAACUUCUUAUAACAAACAACUCUUAAAAAAUGCAAAAGAAGUCUGCAAAAAUAAACAAUACAUUUUUACAUGGACAAAAAAUGGAAGAGUUUAUGUACGCAAGGGGGACACUUCGCCUGCGUUGUGGAUAGCAAUCGAAGAAGACUUAAAGAAAAUUGUUUGA